AGGGGUUUGUAAGAGAAGUAAAGAACACAACACAACACAACACAACACAACACACACGGUGUGGUCGCAGGCGCGCGAAGAAGCCUUAUAUCAUUACAUUACAUUCUCUACUCUUUUUUUCUUUCACACAUAACACUGAAUUGAAUUGAAAUUUCCGACGAUUCUUCAUGAGUGGAUCGAUCGAGCAACCGCCUCCUCUUCCGCCGCCGCAGUCGCCGUCGUUGUCUGAUCAUUCAUUUCAGAAUUCUAACUCGAGGAGUGUGUAUUCUGGGAGUAAUUCUCAUCGAUUCAUGGACCCUGACGUCAUCGAAAUUCCACCACCACCACCACCAUCAACCCAUAACUCUUCUAAUUUAUUGAAGCAAAAACAGCCCAUUUUUCCGGAUGUGAUUGACAUCGACAAUGAUGAUGAUGACUCAACAGAUUUAGUGGUAGUUGGUGAAAAAGUUGUUAACUGUAAUAAGGGAAAGACAAUUGAUUCCGUUCACAAUGAUUAUGGCGAUCAUCAAACUAUGGAAGACUUUGAUAAUAUAUAUUAUCCGCCUGUGAUUGACAAAUCUGGACCAAGUAGCUGGGUCGAGUCUUCCAACGGUUAUGCUUCUGCAUCAAAAAACUUAAUCAGCAUUGAUGAGCAAGGUUCUGACCACUCAUAUGAUGAUGAUGACGACGACGACGACCUCUCUGAUCUUUUUAUGGAUGAUUAUAUGGACGUAGAUAAUUAUACUUUACUACAGGAGCAUUUUGACAAUGCGAAUAUACCUCCUGGUAUUGAGGCACCCGUCCCUUGGUUGAAAGAUUAUGAUUUAGGUUCGAAGAAGCCUGAAAGUAGUUUAUUCCAUCCUAGCUUUCAUAUUCCGCAGUCUGAUUCUAAAAAUUGUCAAGGCAGUGGCUUAUUUCAGCCUACAUGGUCAUUAGAGCCUAUUAAGCCGGAAACCCAAGAACCGUCAGCAGGUAGUACUAGUGUGCAAAGUAAAGUGGAAUCUAUUGAUCACCCUUCCAAAAUACAAUUACCUCCUCCUUUAUUUUCUCAAUCUGUCCCUAGUAUGAAGAAAUUUGAUGCUGGACAGAGCAGGAGACGCAAGUUAAAGUUGCCGGUAGGAGUGGAGUCAUCUACAUCCAAUUUGUUUUCAGGACCUUCUGGUUUUAAGAAACCUUAUGUUUUUGGUUCUUCAACUAACUUUAGCUCUUUAGGCAAUUCGGAGGCCAUGAAGCUGCCACAUGUAGGUGAAUCACCACAUUGGAAACUACUUGAAAUGGCAAAGAAAGCAGGUGGAACUGGAAGUAUCAGUUCACAUCAGUCAAAUUUCAUAGGGCCUGUAAAUGGAUCAUUUCCUUUUUCGGGAACUGAAUUUGUAAAUCCUUGGUUGAAUUCUUCUCAUUUUAACCCAUAUCCAAGUUAUACAGCUAAUUCAGGUUUUUUUAAUCCAUUUGUUCCUCUUCAUGUCACGCCUGAGCAAAUGUUCAAUAAUCCUUGGGUUCACAAUCCUGCAAGAGAUGGAAAUAAUGGCCCAACUGCUGAUAGUACUGUUGUUGCCAUCUCUGAUGAAGCCAGAGAUGAAAUUCUGAAGAAAUUUCAAAACUUCAAGCAAUUUGACACUAUUGAUGACACUUCAGACCAUUACUAUCUUCACAAAACUUCUUCCACGGAGCAGCAUUCCAAGAACUGGGUCAAAAGAAUUCAGGAAGAAUGGAAGUCAUUGGAGAAGGAUUUACCAGAUUCAAUAUUUGUCAGAGUUUAUGAAUCAAGAAUAGAUCUGUUGAGGGCUGUGAUUAUUGGAGCAGAGGGAACCCCUUAUCAUGAUGGCCUAUUCUUUUUUGAUUUUUUCUUUCCCAGUGGCUUUCCCAAUGUACCUCCGCUAGUCUACUACCACUCUGGUGGACUUCGACUCAACCCAAAUUUAUAUAAUUGUGGCAAAGUUUGUCUUAGCCUACUUAACACCUGGUCUGGCAAUAAGAAUGAGAAGUGGCUCCCAGGUGUUUCAACAAUUUUACAGGUCCUGGUCUCCAUACAAGGUCUAAUCUUGAAUACAAUGCCUUACUUUAAUGAGCCUGGAUAUGCACGCCUAAGUGGAUCUGCAGAGGGUGAAAUGAGAUCCCUGCGGUAUAAUGAGGACACUUUCCUCUUGUCAUUGAGGACAAUGGUCUAUCUGAUAAGAAGGCCUCCAAAGGCAUGUUGGAUUUGUGCAAAUUUUUUGGCCAUGUAGUUUGAUACUGUUGAAUGAGAGGAAAAGAGAAAGGCAUGUGGUGAAACCUUGUAUUUCAACUGCACAUUGGGCUCUCUUUAUAUAGGGUCAGAAGUAAAGAGUAAUCAUAAAAUAUUCUUCUAUUCCUUCUUAUGUGAUAUGGUAUUAUACGGUAUGAGGUCUAAGAGAAUCUGUGGUUUGAGAAGUGUCAGUGGAGCAAUCCAAGCCUUACUUAUUGGAUGAGAGGUCAGCCAUGAAAUUUUAAGGAGUAAUCUGUAGUAUGCCCUAGAGUGCUCACAUUUGGGACGAGGAAUAGAGGUGGAUGAUUCUCGCCGAGAAUGGUUCAGAUUUGAGACGCAAGGAACACAUUGUCACCAAGAGUAAGGGAAACAAAGGUCUCGGUAGGGGGUUUAGCUGGAAGCCGAAGUAGAAUAACAGAGGUUGUAGAUACAUUGAGAACAGUAGCAGACCCCAAUAUCUGAUCACAAGAGGUAGAGUACCCCUAAGGUAAACUAUAAAGGGUAAGGAGCAUGAAGAAGGAGUUGCAUUGUUCAAGCUCUUUUUUCUUUUUAAAUAUGGCACAUACUGUUGUAGUUGGUAGUAGCUCAUUAAAAUUAGGGGUGGACAACGGUCGGUUUCGGUCGGCGACGAGCUGAAAAAUAGGAACCGUAGACCAAGCAUGGGUGAGAAAAUCCCACCCAUUCCCGUCCGUCAGUGUCAAUGAUUAGAGCGGGUUUCGGUUACGGCGGAUCGUAGGUUGUGCGGGUGGUUUGGAACGGUUUGGGGACAUGAGUUUCAAACGAAAAUCAAGAACAAAAGCCUAAAAAAAUUCAAUCUUUUUCAUAUAUUUCACUCAGAACAGAAGAACAACAUCUUCAUAGUUACAAAGAAGAAACCCAGCAAAAAUAUUUGAUACAAAAACAAUUAACUAUAAACAAACCAGAUAUAAGUAUGAGAGAAAAGAGGAAGAAAGUCAUAUCUAAGAAUGAGAGAAGAAAGGAAGAUGACGAUGAGAAGAAGAGAAUGAGAGUAAUAAUGAUACAAAUAUACAAUUAGAUUGGUUGUUUCUUGAACUUGUGCUGUUUAAGUUGAGACCCUCAUCCUUUUCUUACAAUUCACAAACCACAACUUCAACUUUAGGGUCUCCUUCCAUAAACCACAUAAUAAUGAUUGGCAAUCUGCCAAUUUCAACUUGAAAGGAUGUAGUACCCAUUGACACGUAGAAGGUGGUGUUGUUCCAUUGUUCCUCCUAGGACAGCCAAAUAAGACCAUGUUUUAGGUUGUUCUACAGAAAAACAUCUUAAAUAAGCUUCUAAGUUCUAAGCAUCAGUUAACCACUUAUGUUUGGCCAUUUGCUCCAUAUGGUAAGAAAACAUUUUUAUAAUAGUACCUUGCAAUUUAAAAAUUCAUGCCGAAAGUUACUCACGAACAAGGGUUCCGAUCUGAUAAAAUAGUUUGCAGAAUACCAUCCUUAUAUGCAUUAUAAGGAUGCUUUUAAAGAACGAAAUGACCAUAUAUGGAGUUGAUCGACUGCCACUAAGUGUUACUUUAGCAUUUUAGAUCCUCAAGAGUGUAUGAUCGAACAUUAUGGCAUAGUAGCCGACCCCAAUUAGUGGGGUAAGGCUUUGUCGUUGUUGUUGUUGAGGAAUGCAUGAUUGAUUGGUAACUAAGACAAGUUAUGUUAUAUGUGCCGGUUUAUUUUUUCUGUAUUUUAUUGCCUUACUUGCAACAUCCAUAAAAAAUUGACUAUUUAGG